UCCCUGAGCAUUCACAUCUAGAUUUCCAUGUGGCAGGAAUUUUUCCCAUGCACUGCUCUAGGGUGCAGACUGUAGUGGAGUUGCUGGGUGGGUGGCGAUUGUCGGCCUGACCUUGAAGGGCUGCCAGGUGUUUCCUGAAGCAGGUGCACCGCCUUGCCCUCUCACCAGCACUUUCAUGGCAGUGGCCUGCAGUGUGAAGUGGAGCCUCUUUGCGGCUGUGCUUGAAUUUCCCCAGGGCAAGCUUCGUUUCAUGUGCCCACUGGCCAUCUGGAUGUCUUCUUUGGAGAAAGGGACCCAGACAUGGAGCUGCGGGAAGAAGCUUGGUCUCCGGGGCCGCUGGAUUCUGAGGACCAGCAGAUGGCCAGCCAUGAGAACCCAGUGGACAUCCUCAUCAUGGAUGACGACGACGUCCCCAGCUGGCCCCCGACCAAGCUGUCCCCACCCCAGUCCGCGCCUCCACCUGGGCCCCCUCCCCGGCCACGGCCGCCUGCACCCUACAUCUGCAACGAGUGUGGCAAGAGCUUCAGCCACUGGUCGAAGCUGACGCGGCAUCAGCGCACGCACACAGGCGAGCGGCCCAACGCUUGUAGCGACUGCGGCAAGACCUUCUCGCAGAGCUCGCACCUGGUGCAGCAUCGGCGCAUCCACACGGGCGAGAAGCCAUACGCCUGCUCCGAGUGCGGCAAGCGCUUCAGCUGGAGCUCCAACCUCAUGCAGCACCAGCGCAUCCACACGGGCGAGAAGCCCUACACCUGCCCCGACUGCGGCCGCAGCUUCACACAGAGCAAGAGCCUGGCCAAACACCGGCGCUCGCACAGUGGCCUCAAGCCCUUCGUGUGCCCGCGCUGCGGCCGCGGCUUCAGCCAGCCCAAGAGCCUGGCGCGCCACCUGCGGCUGCACCCAGAGCUGUCAGGGCCCGGUGUGGCGGCCAAGGUGCUAGCGGCCAGCGUGCGGCGUGCCAAGGCGCCCGAGGAGGCGGCGGCGGUGGACGGCGAGAUCGCCAUCCCCAUGGGUGACGGCGAGGGCAUCAUUGUGGUGGGCGCACCGGGGGACGGUGCCGCGGCAGCCGCAGCCCUGGCGGGGACAGGGCAGCGGGCAACGGGGCCGCGGUCUCGGAGGGCGCCGGCGCCCAAGCCGUACGUGUGCAUGGAGUGCGGGAAGGGCUUUGGGCACGGGGCCGGGCUGCUGGCCCACCAGUGCGCGCAGCACGGGGACGGGCUGGGGGCAGCGGGUGGCGAAGAGCCCGCACACAUCUGCGUGGAGUGUGGCGAGGGCUUUGUGCAGGGCGCUGCGCUGCGGAGACACAAGAAGAUCCACGUGGUUGGGGCGCCGUCGGUCUGCAGCAGCUGCGGACAGAGUUUCUAUCGGGCAGGCGGGGAGGACGACGGCGAGGACCAGUCAGCCGGUGCGCGGUGUGCCGAGUGUCGCGGUGGGGAGGCCCGGUAGGGACGGGGGUGCCCGAGGGGUGGGCAGGGCCCCUCGGGCUCAGUGGGGACUAUCAGCGAGCAAGACCACGAGGCCCAGGGAGAACCGGACCGAGAGGAGCAGCGGCCUCCCUCCUUCCUCUGCCCACGCUGUCCUGGGUGUGAGGGAGACCCUCGGCCAGCGGGACAGGUUCUCAGGACUGCCCACAGCCUCUCUGCUGACCCGCACCGGCCCUGUGUAGGUUCCCAGCCUGGGAGCCAGAGACAGUGUGUGAGAGAACUGUGUAGAUCAAUCGGCACAAGACCCUCAAUGGAGAGGCCAUCCCCCACCGCAGGUGUGGGGCCACGGUGUCCUAAGGAAUGGAGGGAAUCCUGGCCUUGUGCACCAAGAGGGUCUUCCUUCCCUUCUAGAAUUUUCUUUUAAUCAUACCUUUUUGACCUCUCCCGUUCAUUAAUUUUUCUGCCCCGUGGGUCCUUGUCGAUUUCCUAGCCCAAGUCGUCCCUCUCCCUCCUGGAUUUGCAGUAGCAGAGGAGUGAAGAAGUAGCAGCCUGCUCCCAGCACGGUCUCAUUGAGAGGACGGAUGGGGUCCUGUGUGCUCCCUGUCCUGACGGUGGAAGAAGGGAUGUGGGAGCAAUAAAUGGCACUAUUCAAUUGUC